AGCAUCUUGUGAUCAUAAUUUAUGCACAAAGGUGAUCAAUGGUGAUACUAUUCAUACAAAUCACAAAAAAAGUAGCCAUAUUUCUUUAUGAGAGAGCAUUGGUAACAACAACUUUUGAAAAUGGGGCAGUUACAUCAUGUGACACCAUCUUUGUCCCUCUUAAAAUUCAUUGAUGGAUGUUGGAAGGGCACUUUUUUUCAUUCCAAAGAAUUUGAAACCACCAUGACCUAUCAAUCCAUGGCCAUGCUUCCUCAAGCUCAAGCUUCGCUCGACCAUAUUCUUCAUCACCGAGAUGCCUAUUUGAAGGAUCGUGCAGACCGUCAUCUUGGCCGUCGGCCUCUGGUGGUGGGUGUAUCGGGCUGUCAAGGCAGCGGCAAGACGACCUUGUGCGAUACACUGGCCCAUAUUUUGCGCGAGGAGCAUAACAUGAAUGUGGUCAAUUUUUCAUUGGACGAUCUGUACCUUACACGAGCUGAUCAAGCUCAUCUGGCCGAAGCGAAUCCUGGCAAUCGACUCUUACAGUACCGCGGACAAGCGGGGUCUCAUGAUAUGGCGCUGGCGCGAUCGAUAUUUUCAAAAUUGCUGGAUAAAAAUGCGCAAUCGAAUGUACCGGUGGCCAUACCGUCUUACGACAAAUCGUUAUUUGGAGGAUUGGGUGAUCGAUUGCCAAAGUCAUCUUGGAAACAAGUUUAUCCGCCGUAUGAUGUCAUUCUUUUUGAAGGAUGGAUGUUGGGCUUCAAACCACUGCUGAACGAACAACUGGAGCAUGUGUAUCGUCAAAAGUCACAAGAGAAUCAACAAGGACACAAGAACCAGCUAACAGAGCACCCAUUGGCCCAUAUUGAAAAACUGAACGAUAAAUUAGUCACCUAUGAGCGUGAAUUAUACCCGUUCAUGGAUAUUUUCAUCCAUUUAUCACCGACGGAUCUGGAGCAGGUAUAUCAGUGGCGACUGCAGCAGGAACACCAUAUGAAGCAGACACGCAAUGUGCAAGGGCUAUCGGAUGAGGCGGUGCGUGCGUUCGUUGACACGUAUAUGCCGGCUUACGAACUCUACUUGCCUCGGUUGGACCGCGUGGGAUUCUUUGGUCAGGGUGACCGUGGCGAGAGUUUGAAGGGUUAUGAGGGACCGCAGCGUCAGGAUGGAGGUUACAGUGGCCAAGAACGACAUUUAAGGCUGGUCCUUGACCAGGACCGCCGACUAAUUCGAUCUCAGCCAAUGCAAGAAAGGGUGGUUCCAAAUGCACCAUCGGACCCAUCUGUCAGCCAAUCCCGCGGCAUAGCACCCAAACGACUACUAUUCAGUUGUGCCAUGAUUGGACUGUUAGGUCUUGUAGGCUACUCUCGACGUCAGCGUUUAAUGAGCGUGUUUUCCACCCUCACUCGUAGCUUUGCACGCAAAGGAUAAACAAAAUUCAUGGAUUGGAAUGACGGUUUUGAUGGCAAAUAAAAAGGGAACAAAAAAGAGACCACAAAUUUUACCAGCCAAAAAAUUCCAUAAUUUUUUUUUCCCAGUGUUUUUUUUAUUUUUGUAUUUUUGUAUUUUUUUUUCUUUUUUUCCCUUUCCACUCUUCUCUCCUUAACCUUUUUUUUUAUUUUAUUAUUAUUAUUUUUUUCUUUUCUUCUUGUAUUCUCCAUUUCUA